UUCUGCCCCUGGUGGUUUUGGCGCCGCAAUGUCUGCACAACCAACUUCCAGUGUCUCUAUGCCACGCAUGAUGAAGUUUCGUCGUAGUAGUAGCAAGGGUGAAGGCGCGGCGCCGCCGGAUGCUAAACCAGUUGGAUUUUCAGUUGUAUCUGAUCCGAAAUUGGCUGAAAUUGAAACUCUUUAUAAGUUUACUAGUUUUCAGGCUUUUGAUGGGUUUUUCAAACCGACUGCAGAGCUAUCGGAAUUCUUUUCAAAGGGAAAAGACAGGAAUUUAUUCCGAAACAAAGAUCAAGAUUCUGUCUGGUCUACUUGCAUUGCUUUGGCGUAUCUUGAGAUUGUAAUGAAAGGUUUCAAGGAAGAGUGGGAAUUGUGUUAUGAAAAAGCUCAGACUGCAUUAAAUGAGUCGAGUGGGUACGAUUCUGGCGUUAUCGAGAAAAUGCUGCAAGAUGCGAGAAAGUGGGUUACUGAGUGGUUUGCUAAUACCAAGUGA